UGAUGAAAGCUCAAAGUCCAACAUAGAUAAGCAAGCAUUAGACUCACUUGGCUUUAGUGAAAUUUCUCUGUUCUCCGUGCAUUGCAUUUGUGAAAUUUCUCUGUUUCUGAACAUCAACACUCUCAAAAAUGGAUAGAGUUAGAGAUUUGGCGUCAAAGAAGGCUGCGGUGAUCUUCACCAAGAGCUCAUGUUGCAUGUGCCAUAGCAUCGAGGCACUGUUUCGUGAACUUGGUGCAAGCCCGGCAAUCCAUGAGCUUGACCGCGAUGCAAGUGGGCGAGACAUGGAGCGUGCGCUGCAAAGACUAGGUUGCCAACCCUCAGUCCCAGCAAUUUUUAUAGGUGGGCAAUUUGUGGGCUCAUCAAAAGAUAUCAUAUCUCUUCAUGUUGAGGGGUCUCUAAAACAAAAGCUCAUUGAUGCUGGAGCUCCGCUCGAGCGUCUAACCACUUGGAUUGUAUGA